CUUUGAUUGUUUGUUGAUUUGGUUUUGCAUUCAAAUCACUAAUCAGUUGAUUAUUGUCUGUCACCGAUGGAAGCGUUCCUCAAGAACUACAAACCAAAUGCCAACCCAUCAGACGAACAGCCCGUCGAUGAGUGUCUCUUCAGAGCAGACAUGAAGGCGGCUCUGAAGCCAUGGGUCGAGAAAUAUCGGCCCAACUCUCUGGAGGAAGUGGUCCAUCAAAGCCAUGUCAUAUCAAUGCUCUCCAAGUAUUUGACAACCGAUUGCUUCAAUGAAUUACCGAAUCUUCUGCUGUUUGGUCCGCCGGGGACGGGAAAGACGUCCACUAUUAUAGCGAUGGCUAAACAGCUCUUUCAGAGCCAAUACAAGAGCCGUGUCUUAGAGCUGAACGCUUCCGACGAGAGAGGGAUUGGUGUCAUUCGUGAAAAAGUCAAGUCUUUCGCUCAGCAAUCGGUGUCUUCGGCGACGUCGAAGACGAUUCCGUCCAUAAAACUGAUAAUUCUUGACGAAUGCGAUUCAAUGACACGCGACGCCCAGUCGGCCCUCAGGAGGACUAUGGAAAGGGAGGCGAAGACGACUCGCUUUUGUUUGAUUUGCAAUUAUGUGUCGCGAAUAAUAGAGCCGUUGGUCUCCCGAUGCUCUGUAUUUCGGUUCAAACUCUUAGACUCUGGGCUUUCGGUACAGAAAUUGAGACAAAUAUCAGACUUAGAAUCGGUUCAUAUUAAGGAUGAAGUGCUCUCGGAGUUGGUCUCACUUUCCGAAGGAGAUCUGAGACGAGCUAUCACUCUAUUGCAGUCCUCGGCUCUUAUCAAAGAACCAGACGAAGAGGUGACCAUCGAUGACAUACACGAUGUCUCCGGUUAUAUACCCAACAAAUAUAUUCAAGACUUUAUAUUCAUUUGCCGCUCGAAAUCAUACGAGAAAUUGACUGAAUUUGUGGCCCAACUCUUUGAUUGCGGUUAUUCUGGCGCUCAGUUUCUGCUGCAAACACAUGAAUGGCUCGUAGAUUGCGAUGAGUUAUUGCUUUCGGACACUCAGAAGUCAGUUAUCAGCGAAAGAAUCGCUUUGAAUGAUAAACGACUUCUCGAUGGCGCCGAUGAAUACCUCCAGAUUCUAGACAUCGGCGCUCUUAUCCUCAAAACUAUUGAUUCCCAAUAACUAUAAUGUCUUUUCUAUUAAUGCCAAACACUCCAUGAACUACUCAUUCAAGUUAAUUGAUUGUUAAAUUGAUAUUA